AUGUCUGCACGUGCUGUUGCAGAAAUCCUGCCGUUUGCUCAUCGGUUGAUCCUUGGCUCUGCUGUAGGCUCUGUGAUCGAUGCACCAGAUUGCUGGCUGUACGGACUUGCUGUUCCUGAGCCCCAUGCCUCCUGCCAGUUCCCAGGCACCUGUGAAGUAGGGGUGGGUAGAGACCAGGAACUGGAAAUGGAAAGUGAUGAAGCUGGGGUCCUGGAGGAACCAGAAAUGAGGUCAGACAACCAAGGAGAAACAAAUGAAGGACGCCUGCCCAUCUUCCUUGGAGUAGAUGAUCAGAAUGCUUUUGUUUCUUCUCUGAUAGUUUUAUUUUUAUCUUUUUCUUCAGAAAGUCCAUUAUUACAGGUUAUGCCCAGCCAUGUGACUCUCCAGGUCCCAGCGCACCCCCUGGAGGCCUUUGUCCAUGAGGUCAGCAAUGUUCAACGUACACAUGUGGGGGCAUCCGAAGCCCUGCAGGCCAUGCACACACUCCCACCUGAGCAGAGCGGUGACACCCCCAGCUCUUCAGCCCAAGUUGUCCUGCCUAAGCAGGGGGACUUUCUCAAUUCCUCAGCAAAAGCCAUCCCGUCCGAGCAGGCUGACACUCCCAGUUUCCCACAAAAAACCAUCCUAUCAAAAGAGAGGGAAAUUCUCGAUUCCCCCCAGAAGAACAUCUUGCCCAAGCAGGCUGCCACCCCCAAUUCCUCAACCCAAACCAUUUCACCAAAGCAGAGUGACAUUCCCAAUUUCCCAGAAAAAAACAUCCCACCAAAAGAGGGUGACAUUCUUAAUCCCCCCAGUAAAACCACCCUGCACAAGCAGGCCAACAACCCCAAUUCUUCAGAAAAAACCACCUCACCCAAGCAGGGCGACACCCCCAAGCCCUCAGCCAAAAUCAUUUUGCCCAAGGAGACUGAUGCCCCCAUCUCCCCAAUCCAAACCAUUCUGCCCAAUCAGAAUGCCUCCAAAUUCUCAGAAAAAGCCAUCUCAACAAAAGAGGGUGACAUUUUCAACUCCCCAGCCAAAUUCAUUCUAUCAUGGCCAGCUAACUCCCCCAAUUUCCCAGCCAAGAUCAAUCCAUCAUGGCAGGCUGACUCCUCCAAGUUCCCAGCCAAGAUCAUCUCACUCAAACAGGCUGACUCCCCUAACUCCCCAAACCAAAUCCCCCCACCCAAGCAGACCGACUCCCCCAGUUUCCCAGGCAAAAUCAUUCCAUCACAGCAGGCUGACUCCCCCAAGUUCCCAUUCAAAACUACCCUGCACAAGCAGGUGGACAUCCCCACUUCUUCAGAAGAAAGCAUCUCACCCAAGCAGGGCAAUGCCCCCAAUUUUCCAGCAAAAUUCAGUUUUCCCAAGAAGAGCAAAACCCACAAGUUCACAACCAAAGCCAUUCUGUCCAAGCAGGGUGACACCCCAAAGUCCUCAGCCAAAACCAUCCUGCCCAAGGAGGGUGAGACCCCCAAGUCCUCAGCGGAAACCAUUCUGCCCAAGGCGGGUGAGAUCCCCAAGUCCUCAGCCGAAACCAUUCUGCCCAAGGAGGGUGAGACCCUCAAGCCCUCAGCCAAAACCAUUCUGCCCAAGGAAGGUCAGGCUCCCAAGUCCUCAACAAAAACUGUUCUACUCAAGGAAGGUGAGACCCCCAAGUCCUCAGCCAAAACCAUUCUGCCCAAGGAGGGUGAGACCCCCAAGUCCUCAACUGAAAUCAUUUUGCCCAAGGAGGGUGAGACCCCCAAGUCCUCAGCCGAAACCAUUCUGCCCAAGGAGGGUGAGACCCCCAAGUCCUCAGCCAAAACCAUUCUGCCCAAGGAGGGUGAGACCCCCAAGUCCUCAGCCGAAACCAUUCUGCCCAAGGAGGGUGAGACCCCCAAGUCCUCAGCCGAAACCAUUCUGCCCAAGGAGGGUGAGACCCCCAAGUCCUCAACUAAAACCAUUCUACUCAAAGAGGGUGAGACCACCAGGUCCUUAGAGGACACGGUCUGGCACCCAGAAGGUAAUAGCCUGCAGUCAGAGGAAGACACAGAGCUCCUGGAUGACAACCUGGUGAAGGUGAUCCUGAGCAAAGACGACUUCAAGGUGGCGCUAAAGGAAGCUGGGGAGCAGCUGGUGGCCGUGGACUUCUCUGCCACGUGGUGCCAGCCCUGCAAGACCAUCAAGUCCUUCUUCCAGGCCCUGUCCCUGAAGCACAAGGAUGUGGUGUUCCUGGAAGUGGAUGCCGACAAGUGUGAGGAACUGGUGAGAGAGUGCAAGGUCGAUUGCGUUCCAACCUUUCAGUUUUAUAGAAAAGAAGAAAAGGUGGGCCAGUUUUCUGGUGCCCUGCACGAAAAACUUGAGACACUCAUUACAGAAUUAAAGUGAUCACGUGUUCCAAA